AAGGUGGUGAAAGUGAGAUAAUGUUAUAGGAGAGUUGAUGGAAUUAGAAGGAGCAGAGAGAGAGAGAGAAGUGAGAAAGAGUUAACAAGAAGAAGAAUGGUUGUACAGUCUCUAUGUCUCUCUCCUUCGAACAACCUUAUCUUCAGGAACAACAACAACAACACUACAAAGGUAAUCCUUAACCAAACCAAAUCCGAACACAGAAGGGACUUUUCUUCAUCUUCUCAAACCACAAUUUUCAGAAGGGAUUUGGUACUCUUAGGCCUCACUUCUCUAUCUCUAACAUGCCCUCCAUUUUCUGUUACUCUUGCUGAAGAAGAACCAAAAGUGGCUUCUUUUGUAGAUGAAAUCAAUGCCUAUUCUUAUAUCUACCCUGUUCAACUGCCCUCUAAAAAAUUUGUCUUCAAAUGGGUAGAGUCCCGAAAGCCAGAACGAUACUCAUCGGCUGCACCACUUUCUCCUAAUGCACGGCUGCGUAUUGUGUCUGAACGUGUUGAUAUCUUUGAUAAUCUCAUCAUUUCUGUCACGAUAGGCCCUCCAAAUUCAAGCCUUCUAAAAGAGAAGGAUAAGAGCAAAUGGACUGCAAAAAAUGUUGCUGAUUCAGUCUUAGCUGAAAAAUCUUCACUGCGAGUUACUUCAAGUGAGCGCUCAGCUGAGAGUUCAGUUCUCGAUGCACAUUCUGAUGAAAUUGAUGGUGAGCCUUACUGGUAUUAUGAAUACCUUAUUCGUAAAUCGCCUAAUACAAUGUCUGAAGAAUCGGGAAUUUACCGGCAUUAUCUUGGUUCAACAGCAGAAAGAGAUGGUUAUUUGUACUCCAUCAGUGCUUCAACCCUCAGCCCACAGUGGAAAAGUAUGGGGCCUUUAUUUGAAAAGACAGUGAGUUCAUUCCGCCUUGUCAGUCCAACAGAAAAUUAUGUUCCCCCAUUCAAAGAUCCCUGGAGAUUUUGGUGAAAACUCAAAUUUUGUUCUAAUUGUAUUCAUGUAGUAACCCUUUGUGUGGUGAAAUUCAUGUAACCAUAUUAUGUCAUUUGAAGAGCAAAAUUUUAAACGGCGUCUCAUAUUCAUCGUUAUUAUUUCAGUAAUUUCCUACUCAAA